GACACCUGUGCCUGCAAUGAAAUCAUACGCUCUACUUAUAAGUACUCCUCUCUUCUUCUCAAUUUGAUCUUCGACUCUCUCUCUCUCUCUCAGUAUGGAAACUAGCUCGGUUUCCAAAGUUGUGUUUGCAUUUUGCUUGGCUUUGUGCCUUGUCACUCACCUUGUUCACUCAACUGUUACAUAUGAUAGAAAGGCCAUUCUCAUCAAUGGCCAAAGAAGAAUCCUUUUCUCUGGCUCCAUGCAUUAUCCUAGAAGUACCCCUGAUAUGUGGGAAGAUCUAAUUGAGAAGGCAAAAGAAGGAGGAAUAGAUGUGAUUGAAACCUAUGUGUUCUGGAAUGUUCAUGAGCCUUCCCCUGGCAAUUACAAUUUUGAAGGAAGAUAUGAUCUGGUGAGAUUCAUGAAGAUAAUACAGAAAGCUGGUCUCUACGCUCAUCUUCGCAUUGGACCUUAUGUCUGUGCUGAAUGGAACUUCGGAGGAUUUCCUGUGUGGCUGAAGUAUGUUCCUGGAAUAAGCUUCAGAACAGACAAUGAACCUUUCAAGAGGGCAAUGCAAGGAUUUACUGAGAAGAUUGUUGGAAUGAUGAAGAGUGAGGGUCUGUUUGAAUCCCAAGGUGGCCCUAUCAUACUAUCUCAGAUUGAGAAUGAGUAUGGGGCCCAGAGUAAGUUACUUGGAGAAGCUGGCCGAAACUAUGUUAAUUGGGCUGCUAAAAUGGCGAUUCAGACGGGAACAGGAGUCCCAUGGGUCAUGUGCAAGGAAGAGGAUGCACCAGAUCCAGUGAUAAACACGUGCAAUGGCUUCUAUUGUGACAAGUUCACUCCCAAUAGACCCUAUAAGCCAAUGAUAUGGACAGAGGCUUGGAGUGGCUGGUUUACGGAAUUUGGAGGUCCAAUUCACAAAAGACCCGUACAGGAUUUGGCAUUUGCGGUUGCUAGAUUUAUAAUACGUGGAGGGUCCUUUGUAAACUACUACAUGUAUCACGGUGGAACCAAUUUUGGACGAACAGCUGGUGGCCCUUUCAUUACUACCAGCUAUGACUAUGAUGCUCCACUAGAUGAAUAUGGUUUGAUUAGGCAACCCAAGUAUGGUCAUUUAAAAGAGCUUCAUAAAGCUAUCAAGAUGUGUGAGCGAGCUUUGGUUUCAACUGAUCCAAUUGUUACUUCACUAGGAGCCUCUCAACAGGCUCAUGUAUACUCGACGGAAUCCGGCGAUUGCGCUGCUUUCCUCUCAAACUAUGAUUCAAAAUCCUCAGUUAGAAUCAUGUUUAAUAACAUGCAUUACACUUUGCCACCUUGGUCCGUUAGCAUCCUCCCAGAUUGUAGGAAUGUUGCCUUCAAUACAGCAAAAGUAGGAGUGCAAACAUCUCAAAUGCAAAUGCUGCCAACUAGUACUCAUAUGUUCUCAUGGGAGAGUUUCGAUGAAGAUCCGUCUUCUUUAGACGACAGCGGCUCUACAAUCACUGCCCCGGCUCUCCUGGACCAGCUAAAUGUAACCCGCGAUGCGAGCGACUAUCUUUGGUAUAUGACAAGCAUUGAUAUAGGUUCGUCCGAAUCGUUUCUACAUGGAGGCGAACUCCCUACUCUUAUCGUUCGGUCUACAGGACAUGCUGUCCAUGUUUUCAUCAAUGGUCAACUUUCUGGUUCUGCCUAUGGAACAAGGGAGUAUAGAAGAAUCACAUAUACCGGCAAGGUAAAUCUUCGUGCCGGAACAAACAGAAUUGCUCUGCUCAGUGUUGCCAUUGGACUUCCAAAUGUUGGUGAACAUUAUGAGUCAUGGAACACAGGAAUCCUAGGUCCAGUUUCACUCCAUGGACUUGACCAAGGAAAGUGGGACUUGUCAUGGCAGAAAUGGACUUAUCAGGUUGGGCUGAAAGGAGAGGCCAUGAAUCUUGCAUCUCCUAAUGGUUUUUCUGCAGUCGAGUGGAUGCAAUCGGCGAUAGUUGUACAAAGAAAUCAGCCACUAACAUGGCACAAGACUUUUUUUGAUGCUCCCGAAGGAGACGAACCGUUGGCAUUGGAUAUGGAGGGCAUGGGAAAAGGUCAAAUAUGGAUUAAUGGACAGAGCAUUGGAAGAUACUGGACCACAUAUGCUAAUGGCAAUUGUAGUGGCUGUAAUUAUGCUGGGUCAUUUAAGCCUCCAAAGUGCCAAUUUGGUUGUGGCGAACCAACCCAGAGAUGGUACCAUGUACCACGGUCAUGGUUGAAGCCAAGUCAAAAUCUACUGGUUAUUUUUGAGGAGCUCGGAGGCAAUCCUUUGAGAAUCUCUCUUGUGAAGAGGUCAGUGAGCAGCGUCUGCGCCGACGUGCCGGAGUUUCAUCCGAACAUUAAGAAUUGGCAUAUUGAGAGCUUUGGGAAAUCAGAGGAGUUCCACCCACCAAAGAUUCACUUGCAUUGCAGCCCUGGCCAGACCAUCUCCAUCAUCAAAUUUGCAAGCUUUGGAACUCCUCUAGGGACUUGUGGGAACUAUGAGCAAGGAGCAUGUCAUUCCCCCUCAUCCUACGCCAUUUUAGAGAAGAAAUGUAUAGGAAAACAAAGAUGCACGGUUACAGUUACAAACAGCAAUUUUGGGCAAGACCCGUGCCCAAAGGUGAUGAAGCGGUUAUCAGUUGAAGCUGUUUGCGCUCCAACCGCCACAAAUUGGAGAGGCUGAUUUGGCCACACAAAUAGUAUUUAUUGUGCAGUGACUUAAAUCCCUUAGAUUUAAUGAAUAAAUAACAUUCUUUUGUUUUAAAAUAUUUGUAAAUUCAAAAUUUUAAAGUAGCAGAUAUUUUAAAACAAAGAGAAUUAUAGAAGAAUGGGUACAUUUAGUAGUAGUUGAAUAGGUCAAAUCCAGUGUGAAGGUGUAUUUUUUGUGAAAUGUUGGUGAUGCCAAAGGCAAUGUAGUUCAUAGGUUUUGUUUAGUGGCAUUUAACGUGUGUAAAUUCAUUGUUAGAAAGGUGAAUCUGAAACCAAGGGUCUUAAAUUUUGUACCUAUAGAGCAUCAGUAUUUAAACCGGUUAUGGAGGUGCAAUUGUGUUUUUGCUUGUAUUUCUAGGGAUUACCCCAAAUCUAUGUUCAAAUUGGGAACAUAUUGUGAUAUCAUUGUCCAUUGAAGUUUGAAGAUAUCUAUCUACCUUGCCUGA